GGGCGGCGCCGCGGCGCAGGCGUAGUGCGUCACGGGCGGCCAGGCAGCCGGCGGCGUACGGGAGGACGCGUCUACAGGGCCGUGGGGGCGCCGAAUCGGGACGUGCUUCGGGGGGCAUGAGCCGAGGGGACGACGCCGAGGCCACGAGUAUUUCAUAGAGAUUGAUGGAAACAGAAACCAAAACUCUUCCCCUGGAGAAUGCAUCCAUCCUUUCAGAGGGCUCCCUCCAGGAGGGGCACCGCUUAUGGAUCGGCAACCUGGACCCCAAAAUCACAGAGUACCACCUCCUCAAGCUCCUGCAGAAGUUCGGCACCGUGAAGCAGUUCGACUUCCUCUUUCACAAGUCGGGUGCCCUGGAGGGCCAGCCCCGCGGGUACUGCUUCGUGAACUUUGAGACUAAGCAGGAAGCGGAACAAGCCAUCCAGUGUCUCAAUGGCAAACUGGCUCUGUCCAAGAAGCUGGUGGUACGGUGGGCGCAUGCCCAAGUGAAGAGGUACGAUCACAACAAGAACGAUAAGAUCCUCCCCAUCAGCCUCGAGCCAUCCUCCAGCACCGAGCCUGCUCAGUCCAACCUGAGUGUCACCGCGAAGAUCAAAGCCAUCGAAGCGAAGCUGAAGAUGAUGGCCGAGAACCCGGAUGCCGAGUACCCCGCCGCCCCGGUGUACUCCUACUUCAAGCCACCGGAUAAAAAAAGGACUACUCCGUACUCGAGAACAGCCUGGAGGUCCCGGAGGUGAUGGCUGCGGUUCCCGUCCCCGCGCAGGCGCACGGGGCCCCGACCCCUCAGCGCCUGCGCCUCUGUCCUCCCUCUCGCGUGACCGGCACUGCCCAGCAGCGCACGCAGCACACGGUGGACCGUGGUGACGUAACGCUUUUGGAUGUUCUCACGGCUCUUGCUCCCCUGAAGUAUGUGUGGAAUUGAGCAUUGUCCAGAAUAAAUAGGAUUCCCUCCAAAUCUGUGACUCAAACUCUGGGAUGCGCUAGUUGGCUGGUCCGUCUGCAUUUGUAGCUCCAGAAACAACAUAUAUUGCUGCCAGAAAGGCAAACUUUUUUAAAAAAGUUACUAUUUCAAUCAGGAAACUAAAUUUAUUAACAUCCGUCUUAAAAAUAAUAGAGCUUUUUUUUUUUUUUCCCUCUUGUGCUCAAGUGUCUUUGCAACCUGCAAAGCGAGAAACGGGGAAGGAAGUGAAGUCUUUGGAAUCCUGUUGGGAGCUGGUGUUCCCGAGUUCGUUGCGGCAGCCCCGCUAGCUGCGCUGCGGGAGAGAGUCCUCGGCAAGAGAAAGCUGGUUCUUAGAGCAAGUAUUGAGGUCUUCUUUCGAGUGAUGCUCCUUGGUUCAAAAAUCUCAACUAGGCAGACAUGGUGUGUGGCUUAAAACUCGACAUCAACAAAACGAGAACAAAAUUCAGUAUCAUACACCAACCAUAAUGAAAUUCUAUUUGGAAUUUUAUUCUGUAGUGAUUUUUUUUUUUUUUAAAGAGCCCUGCCGCCUUCUGUAAUAUCAAAUGUUCUUUAACUGUGGGACUUUUUAAAUCGCUCUUACCUGCAUGAGGUUGUUUGUAUAGCAUGAGAAUGUUCUAUUUGGAAUUGUGUCCUGGUCAAACAGAGUAGAAAAGCAAGCUUUUUCUUUGAGAACCCUAGACACCGUUGGAUGAUGGCUCGCAAACAUUUUUUUCUAGUCAUUUUAGUGGGGUCCGAGCAGAGGACGUGUGAGUGCCUGGGGCCGGGAGGGAGGGGUCCGAGCAGAGGACGUGUGAGUGCCCGGGGCCGGGAGGGAGGGCCCAGAGGCCCAGGCGUGAGCCCCAGCCAGGCGGCACCAUAGCAGCGAGCUCCCCGUUUCCGGUUUAAAGCCUCGGGAGAGGACGGAGCUUCUUUCCCAAAGCUUCUCCCCGGGCAGACUCUGCCAGGAGCCUUCCAAGGGGAGCAGCAGCGCCCGGGGAGAAGCAGCGAGCCUGGCAGCGCCGGCGACGUCGGUCACUUAGUUUCUGUCCGUAGCUUCGGUCCUUGGGGCCCCAGCAUUGCUGCUUCCCUCAGCGAGUGACUCUCGAGCACUGCUCCUAGUGAGAGGAAACUUGGAUCAGAGGAACAUCAAGUCUCCCGGGAGGCCUCCGUGAGUUUAAGAUUCUUGAACUCAAACUGGCAGCUUGGCGAGAUCUCCAGGUUCUUAGAACCGAGUCCGAGAAAUUCUUAGCGCCUUUCCCUAGGUAGCCCUUUUAAGAGACCUUAGGUCUGUUGCGUAGUUUCUGCGUUUCUUAGUGAUUUGACAUGCGUCCCUUCCAUUCGGGGGACAGAUCCAGGAGGGUGGCACAAUUGCACUCCCCCACCCCUCUUUUUUGGUUUUUUUUUUUUUUUUUUUUUUUGGUCUGGUAACUUCGUAGAGCAUAGAGCUCACCAUUUUCUCCUUACGUUCUCAGAGGGCGAUGGUGAGAUAGGACUGACUUGAUGCAAAAUAGUCUUCUAUUUUUAAUAGGAUCUUAGAAAAUACUUCACUUUGAAUUCUAGAGUCUUUCCCUUUAGAAACCAGAGCUAUUUAUUUGUAUUUAAAGCGAUGUUUAUUUGUACCGAUUCUUACUCUCCUGUGUGAAUAAACGCAAGACAUUGUG